AUGGAGAACAGAUCUGAAGUGAGUGAGUUCUUCCUCAUAGGAUUAACAGAUGACCCAAAGCUUCAGGUUCCUCUCUUCAUCAUGUUCACCCUCAUCUACCUCACCACCCUGGUAGGGAACUUGGGGAUAGUAGCUCUGAUCUCCUGGGAUUCUCGCCUCCACACCCCCAUGUACUUUUUCCUCAGUAAUCUCUCUCUGGUGGAUGUUGGCUACUCCUCAGCUGUUACCCCCAAGGUAAUGGCUGGGCUCCUCACAGGGGACAAGGUCAUCUCUUAUAAUGGAUGUGCUGCACAGAUUUUCUUCUUUGUGGCCUUUGCCACAGUAGAAAGUUUUCUCUUGGCUUCCAUGUCCUAUGAUCGCCAUGCAGCUGUGUGUAAGCCCCUACAUUAUACCACUACCAUGACUUCAAAAGUAUGUGCAUUUCUAGCCAGUGGUGCUCACUUCUGUAGCUUCCUAACUUCCUCCAUACUCACAGGAAACAUAUUUAGUCUUUCCUUCUGUAGGUCCAAUGUGAUCCAUCACUUUUUUUGCGAUAUCCCCCCUCUUGUAGUUCUCUCUUGCUCUGAUACUCACAGUAUUGAGUUAGUAUUCUUUAUCAUAGGACCAUUCACUGUCUUUUUCCCAUUUCUUGUCAUCUUUACUUCUUACUUAUUAAUCUUCAUCACCAUCAUGAAGAUCAAUUCUGCUGAAGGACGUCAGAAAGCCUUCUCCACUUGUGCUUCCCAUCUCACAGCAGUGUCCAUAUUUUAUGGGACCAUCAUGUUCAUGUACUUUCAACCCAGCUCAAGCCAUUCAAUGGACUCAGACAAAAUGGUGUCAGUGUUUUACACCAUGGUCAUCCCCAUGCUGAACCCUCUAGUCUAUAGCAUGAGAAACAAAGAGGUGAAGAAUGCUUUUAGGAAAGCUGUGAGAAGACAACUUCAAUUUGAUCAUCAUUUUUCUUAG